AUGACGCAACUCGGCGUCGAACUAGCUGAUGUAAAUAUGUCGCGUCCGCACGAUACACAGUCACCAGUCGAUUUAAUCGAUACAACUAAUUUCACCAUAGACUUUACCGGUCGCAAGUCUAUCAACAUCGGACUUGAUCCGUCUAAUUAUUUCAACGUUUCUAUACAAAUAAUUACACCAUCACGGUUUGUAUGCUUGUCAACUGAUUUUUUACGUCGUAUUUACUCGUUGAUGGGGAAUAUUCUAUCUAUAAUAUGUGACCCACCGGUUAAAAGUCGCGAAAGGCUUUUCCUCAAAGAUGAAAUUAUUACACUGUCCAAGACGAGUUAUCGCGUUGAUAAUAUGCUGGUAGUUGAAUCUCAUCACCAACAAGGAUGUCGUGUAUCAUUGAGUAGACGAAAUCUACUAAAGCUUCAAGACAUGCAAUGGAUUUUCAACGAAACGGUUGCAUUGAAAUCUAACAUUAUACGUGACGCCGUGAUUGGACAAACCGAUCUUGUUGCGACAUAUUUAAACGCUAAUGUGCACGUGGAAAAAACAUCGACCGUUGAAGAAAUUAUCGCGAUCGUACACAAUAUCCAUAACGAUUUAGCGACAAUGAACAUUGUCGCGAAAAAUGAAAACAAUUUUACAAACCAGAUAAAAUUGUUUGCAUACAAACAACUCGCUCAGCGUUGGUUUAAGAAAAUGCAUGAAAACGGCAAAGACUGUAUAAACGAUGCUGACGGCGAUGGCGGCGGUGACGGUGGCGAUAAUUGGCCCAUUUCACUCGAGACGAUCAAUGGAUCGACGGUGUUCUCUUAUACAAACUAUUGA